GCGAUCGAGCGGAGUCUUGCUUUAUUUGUAUCUGCCAUUUUGCAAUCGGUAAACGAACGUAUAUUUCAUUCAAGUAUCGCACCGCGAAAGAGACUGAAUUGUAUAGUAAAUCACUCGUUCGAAGAAAGGGUUCGUUUACUGAUCGACCAAUGACCAAUCGUACGGUUUCGUCAUUAUCUAUUCUCAUCCAGCAAGAAAUUCACGUUCGACACUGCAUUUCGCGAGACAGCUUUUUUUCUGCUUUACCAUCGCGACCAGAGUGACUCACGAUUGUACGGUAAUGACAUUUAUGUCACACGCGGCAUUCGCUACGUUUCACCUGCUAGCGCUUUCUCAAGGUCCUCCGUAUUUAUAUGCAUUUUAAGGCGAACUUCAUCUUAAUGCACCCACACAUCAUCUUCAGUCGUUUUAUUCAACAUUAAUAUUAGACUACGUAAUUUACUUCGGUCCAAACGGUGAAGCUGUGUUUAUGUUGUCUCGUUUCUCAUUCGCUUCGUCGUGUGUUUCGAUCUCAACGAUACAUAAUUAUGCGAUCAUCCUCUGUCUGCCUGCAAUUAUUAACAACUUAUUAGUAGGUUAGAUUGAUGCAUUAUGGACGCGUAUAUAAGUACAGCAAUUGCAUAUUUUUUUGUUAAACCAAACAUAAGUUUCACCGUGAUUGUCAUUACGAAUCGUACAUAUUAAAUGAUGCCAUUGUAUCAUUAGAGAAAUAAAGCAACUUGUAGCUGUGAUUCAUUUUCAAUAAUAUUUACUAAGGAAUUAAAGAGACUUGGAAGUAUAAUUAACAUGAUGGACAUUGAUCCUCCAGAAUUUUUGUCCAAAGACGAUGAAAUUCAGUAUUGGAUGGAGCUUGCUCAUCAAAUACAUAGAAGAAAAGAAGAUCUAGAAAGAGAAUUGGAAGAAUUUCAAGAAAAUUCACAAUUAUUGGAAAAGGAAUUGGAAGCUUCUUUAGAACAGGCAGAGAAAACUAACAGAGAAUUACGACAACGAAAUACAAGACUAGCCACAGAAGUGGAACAAUUAAGAACAAGGUUAGAUCAACAAAGCACGGAUUGUGCAAUGUUUCAAGGAAAGGCUCAAGAUUUACAGACUCAACAUGACCAUUUGCUGAAAUACAUAAGAGAAUUGGAACAGAAAAAUGACGAUUUGGAAAGAGCUCAUAGGAUAAAUAGGGUAACGGAAGAAGAAAUAGAGGCAAAACUUAAUUCUGCCAUUGAAAAGAAUGCCCUGUUAGAAUCGGAGCUCGAUGAAAAAGAAGCCCUGAAAGUUAUAGUACAGAGAUUAAUGGACGAAAUUAGAGACCUAAAACAAGAAAUUCAAGUUCAAGAAAGGCAUCAACCUGACAAUGAUAAAUCAGCUGACCGAGUUCGUAAUCACGUUGAUAGUAAUAAACUACAGGUUGAAUUGGAAACACAUAGCACUCCCAUAGUACCGCAAUCCAUAACUCCAAGUAAUACAGCAACUUCACCAUUAAAAAUUGGAAACAGAGUGGUAGGGGGUGUAACUGGGAACAACAAUAACAAUAAUAAUGUGAAUCCACCGUUGGCACCGUGUACAAGAAUAUUAGCGAUGAAUAUGAUUGGUGACCUUAUGAGAAAAGUUGGACUUGACAGGUGGGUCUGCAUGGACUGUAAGAAGGUAAAAUGCACUUGCGUGGGUGGAAAAAAUACUGUUUCCACUACACCCACUGAUUUACCAAGCGUCCAGGUUCACACACCCGCUCAAUGUAUACGGCAACAACCUAGAUCAACCAAGUGCUGACCAAGCCUUUGUGUACAGGCAUUGGAGAAUAAGUUAAAUACAUGCCAAAACCCUUCACGAGAGGAUCAAGCCGUCCGUGAUCUCUACAGGUAACGUUAUAGCAAUGUAUUAUUAAUCUUGAGAAAUCACAUUAUUGUCUCUAUAUCAUUGUGCACUUCGUGUACUCGUAGUAAGGGAGGUGUCAUGUAUCAUUAACUGAAUUUUUUUACAAUUAUUACUUUAAAAAAUUGAAUCUCGUUUAUACAGAGAACCUUUAGUGAAAAGGUUUUCGUUAAGUCAAUGUUCAAAAGGAUACAUGAUAACUACUAAACGAAUUGUACUUAUAUUACUAGUUUCAUGUUGAUUCUUAAUUAUAUAGUGCUUUAUGUGAACGUUAAACUUAUAAAUUUGUGUAUAAUCUAAAUGCUUCUCACAAUCCCAGUUCUUUAGCUUUUUAGUCUUUGAAAGUUCAAAAUAUUUAAUAAGACUGCAUUAUUUGUCGAAUAGCUCAUGUAUCGCUUGCGUUAUUAAUUAAGACAAAGCAUCUUAUUUUUUAUGUCUCUAAAUGUAAUUUGUUUAGUUUAGUAUAGAUGUAUACUGUUCUGAAGCGGAGCGAUCAAAGUUAAUUAAUACGAUAAACUAAAGUUUCGAGCUUUCGUGUCAAUUUUUGUUUAUUGUCUCUUUACCUGUAUUGUACGUGCAGUAGGUCUUCUUUGUGAUUCAAAGAGUACAAUACUGUUGUCUAUCGAGGUCUUAAUAAUCUAAAUCAUUUAAAAUAAUGAUUAGAAACUUACAUUACUUUUUACUUAAAGAAAACAAAUUUUUAAUAAUUUCAUGAUUUUUAAGACCUUUGAUAGAUCAGAUUCAUAUUAUAUGUAACUUCAUUUUUAAGAUGGAAACUUCAUCAAGUUCGUUGCUACUAUAAAUUUGUUAAUGUGCAAGUAUAUGUUAUAAACAUAACAAAAAUAACUUUUAUAAAGGGAUAAGAGGAGAUCCUACGCUCAGAAACUAUUCUAAUUAAUUGAUCAUAAUUAAUGUAACUAAACAAAAACAUUUCCUCGUUUAUAUUUUUUGACGUUUUAUAGAAUAAAUAUAAUUUACGUAUGUUUUAUGUUAUUAUAAAGCUUCUAUGCAUAUUGGAUUGAGCUAAAUUUAAAUAUAUGAUAAGUACACGCUUGUACAUAACAUGUAUAUAUACAUUUUAAUGAUUUAUGCAAUGUUUUCAGUUAUAAGAUUAAUAGAUGCAUAAUAAGUAGUUUCUUUACAUUAUUCAAAUAUUAAAACCAGUGUACGAUAAUAUAAGAAUAGAAUGAUAUAGUUUUCUGUACAAAUUUGUAGCUCAAUCUAUAAUUGCAAUAUUUUAAUGUUGACCUUUAGUGCUUAAAUGUUAUUUUUUAAAAGUUAAUUUUCAUUUGCACCAAAGGAUGCAACAUUGUUUAUGUAAUACAAGGUGGAUUGUUGUAUUUAUACAGAUCUUUCUUGCAUGAAGUUUACACGUAAUUUUUGUACUUUCUAUCAGUAAUGUUGAUACAGUGUACGCAAUAAAAUUGUUUGUACUAUUUGUUGUAUCAAAGUGGCUGAGAGAAUUUUAAAUUGCACAAUAUACAACUUUCUGUUUUGUCACUGUUUUGUUCAGAUCAUGCAUUAACAUUAACCGUUUAGUGUAAGUAUGACUUACCUUGAAAGGCAAUCAUGAAUUUUAAAUCUAUCAACUAAUUUUCAUGUGCAUGUUGUACAGUUUAUGCACGAUUCAUAAAUAUGUACAGCAUUUCUCAAUCUUUCAUAAAAUUGUAUUUUAUCUAAUACAGUUUAAUUAAUUAAAUGAAAUAAGAAGAGAGAAAGAUUGUUAACGUGUGAUUGAGAAACGCUGAUUCCUUUAUAUGUUUAAAAUUAUAUAAAUCAUACUUUCUUUGUAUAAAAUAGUAACAAAACAGUACUAAAUUCUUUUAUCAGGACUAGGCGGCAAGUUCGAGGCUUUGCCUCUGGCAACAGCAACCACAUUCGAUUAUAAACAACGGAUAAUAUUCCAACAGUAAACUUCUACCUUGUCCAUUAUGUUUCUAUACUUGUAAAUUCUUCUUACUUUACUUCAAAUAUCAUUCAUUAAUUUAUUACUUAACAAAUGAAACAAACAUGACUUCUAUCCACUUACUUAUUAUUUAUUUUUAUAAAUUAUUUAAUUUCUCUUUUCCAUGGAAUUCAUUAUUCGUGGAAAUUACUUUCUAUUUCUUUUCUCCUGAAAUUCAAAGGCAUAUUUGAUAAUAAUAUGAAUGAAAUUUGUAAAUAAAUAUUCAAAAUUGUAAGUGUAAAGUUGAUUAUGUGAUAAUUAUAGAUAUGUAUUAGAAUUACGUUAUUGUUGUGUAGAUAUUCACAAAUGAUAUUAAAUGAAUAAUUUGUGAAUACUUAGUUUCAAUAUACAUAGUUUUAGCACAAUUAAAAAGAUUCAGCCACAGUUAGAAACAAUACUAUAACCAUUAGUGCAAGUCUAGCUUUUACAGUAAAUUAAGAAUCCGUAUGUCUAUUUUUUAAUAACAAAAAGAUAUUCUUUUGCGUCUUGCAAUUCAAUUUUAUACUCUAAAUUAUAGCAAAGUUAUUCAAUUGUGUAUUAUAUUUCCAACAUAAACUGUGUGCUUCUGUGCCACUGAAUAAUUAUAGAUAA